GCUCCCGUCUCUUCCCCUCGCUCAUCUCGUCCAUCUCCAAGCCUUUUCCCCACUGCGUUCUGACACACGGCAUUUACCCUAAACCGUUUUUACCUCGCUGAAAGAGUGUUUUCGCGUCUACCAUGGCGGCGACACUGCAAUCACCUCUUCUUCAUGUUGCAACGAAGCGAACGGACGAGGUCGACUUCACCGGUCCCUUUCGCAACUACAUUAGUACCGUGUAUCAGGAUGACCCUGACAAAUACGCAACCGAAAUUGCAACACUUCAUAGGCUUCGCCAAGAUACACGUGGUGCGGGGAAGGAUCUUACCGGACGAGAUAUAUUGUAUCGAUACUACGGUCAGUUAGAGCUGCUCGACUUACGGUUCCCCGUCGACGAGAAGCAUGUCAAAGUCUUGUUUACAUGGUACGACGCGUUCAGCCAAAAGCCGAUAUCGCAGUACUCCAUCGCUUAUGAGAAAGCAUGCACCAUUUUCAAUAUUGCUGCCACCUGCUCGUCCAUCGGUGCAUUACAAAACCGAUUUGAGGCGGCCGGACUCAAGAUGGCAUUCAAUUAUUUUCAAGCCGCUGCCGGUCUCUUUCUUUAUAUUAACGACAAUUUCCUACACGCCCCAUCCCUGGACUUGUCUCGGGACUCCAUCAAAACUUUGGCCGAUCUGAUGCUGGCACAGGCCCAGGAAUGUUUUAUAGAAAAAGUAAUCAUGGAAAAGAAGAAAGGUGCCUUGGUUGCGAAGCUCGCAGCGCAGGCAGCCCAUGUUUAUCAGAACGUCGCUGAUGGGCUCGCUAACGAAGCAAUUCGCUCGCAGUUCGACAGGGCAUGGAUUGAACUGGUAAAGGUCAAAGCAAAGCAUUUUCAAGCUGUUGCAAUGUACCACAAGUCCAUGCAAUCAGAGAGUGAAACCAAAUAUGGAGAGAUUGUGGGGUAUUUGACAGCAGCCGAAAAUAUUGCCAAAGAAGCUAAUAAAUUGGCAACCGCUUUCUCGGGAUCCUUCCCGUCGUUUACCACGUCUGCACAAACUGCGACAUCAUCGACCUCAUCAUCUGGGCAUACUACGGCUGCCGCGGCAGCUCUAUUAGAAGCCACGAAGACGAGCUUGAAUCUGAUUACUGAUCGCAAGAAUGUGGCGGUGAAGGACAAUGAUAUGAUCUAUCACGACUCAGUUCCAAAAGUCGAAACGCUUCCCGCCAUUGAAAAAUUGAAUGCGGUCAAACCGAUAACUUUUGCCGAUAUCUGCGUAAAUGGACAAGCGGAUAUACCAAAAAUCAUCGGACCGGACAUUUUCCAAAGGCUCGUCCCGCUAUCGGUUCACGAGUCUGCAUCCUUGUAUUCUGAGGAAAAGGCUAAAUUACUUCGAUCGCAGCAGGAGAGGGUAGAAGCUGCUAAUGGCGAGCUUCAGGCCACAUUGGACUCCAUGAACCUAGUUGCUACCUUGGAUAAGCUGAAACAACUGUCGAAGCGAGGACCUGGCGGACUUCAUGAUGGGGUCACCGUUCCCGAACAAGUUAAGCAGUGGAAUGCGGCCGUCCGAGAAGCUGAGGAAAGUGGAACUCAAACGGAUGAGGUCCUUGGGCUGCUGGAAGGAUUUAAGAAGAAAGUGCGAGAGUUGCUGGAUGAGAUAGGAUUGCUCUUGGACAAGGAGCAACAUGAAUGCGAAACGAUGAGAGUCAAGUUUGUAGAGCGUUGGACACAGGAGCCGUCCGCACAGCUAACCUCCAGAAUACGAGAGGAUGUCCGGCAACACCGUGAUUCGUUUGAGAAAGCCUUGGCUACCGAUGGUGCACUCAUGGCUGGCCUCGAGGAAUCUAGGAUGAAUAUUGAUAUUUUGAAGCGACGGUCAGAAGAUGUAGAGGCUAUCUUUGUGGAGCGUCUCAUAACAGCAGCACCUACGAAGAAAGACAAUGUCGCUAACCUAUUAGAUGAAAACGUGGAUGGCGGAGCUGGAUUUGGGGUUCUGAAUGAGCAAAUUUUGAUCGAGAAAAUGGAUGGGUUACUGAGCCGUUUGCGUACGCUAAAGAAGGAGAGGAAUGACCUUAUUGACGAAUUGAAAGCUAAACUUCAUCAAGAUGAUAUUUCUUCGUUACUUCUGCUCAACAAGAACAAGGAAUCUCAAGUUUUCCAAACCGAGUUAUCUAAAUUCAAGCCUUUGCAAGGCCGCAUAACUGCGAACUUGCAAGCCCACACGCAGUUUCUGCAUGACUUGUCGUCUGAUUUCACCAAGCUUGGCAGUUCGUCUGACAGCAUAAAAUCUCUCGAAUCAAUGGAAAAGCGCAAGGAGGCGUUGAUAAAAGAGUGGGGUCGUUCAUAUGAGCAAUGGAAGGAAGCGAAGGAAGGUCUGGCACGUGGUGUGGAAUUUUACUCCAGCCUCUGUGAAUUAGUUGAAUCUCUGCGUACGACAGUGAUUGAUUUUACUCGUCGCCGUGCUGAAGAGCGUGAUGGCUUGGCAAAAAAGCUGGGGGAAGAACAAGCCGAACAGCGACAAAGAACACUCCGGGAACAGCUACAGCGGCUUAGUAUCAGCACGACAUCCCAGGGGGCAGUAAACUCACCAUCUGGGCCGGGACCAGCUCAAAUGCAGUCAUCACCAAGCGCUCCUGUAGAUUCACCUUUGUAUGCUGCACAACAUCCCGUAUCUCGGUCAGGAAGUCUGCACAUUCAUCAAGAACCUAGUACUGCGUUGGGUAGUCCAUACCAAUAUGGACCCUUCUCAACGUUGGGAGGUGGACCUUCAAUGCCACCCGCAUCAACGAACCGGCCAGACGUGCAACCAUUCGCUCCACCCCCACCAUCCCCUUUAGCAAUGCAAGCACCGCCCCAAUUUACACAACAAUUCUCUUCGGGAUCUGACCGAGCCCAGUACAACUCUGUUCAACAGGGACAAGCGCCUCCGGUGCAGCCAUCCUCACAUCCCUCGUCUGUACCGCACAAUCCGUAUGCGGGAUUAGGUACAUCAGCUCCGUUUGGACAGGCCGUCCCAACGUCUGUUGCUCCACCAGAGGUUAGGCCUUCCACUGCAAGCCCGGCCGCGGGUCCGCAGCCCCCUGGUUCUGGGCCACUCCCUACAGUUGGCUCUCAAGGGGGGGAUCACCGACAAAGCGGAGUGUAUUAUGGACAUAACCAACCGCAUCAGCAACAGCCACAGCAGACUCAGCCAUUCUAUCAACCACAGUCCGCGUCUUCUCAGCAAAUGCCUCCACCGCAUCAAACCGUACACACUCCUUAUGCCCAGGGAGUGUUACCACCACCGUCCCUCUUCCAACAGCAGCAAGGGAUCCCAGGGGUCAUAGGCUAUCAGCCUCAACAGCACUAUACUCCGUCUUCGUCUGCGUACCAAUCUCCGCAGGCAUAUGGUCAGAAUGCGCAUUUCCCAGGGCAAGCAGGAACCCCAGCGGUUUCCCAACAGCUUCCGAGUCAUCAACAAGCCUAUCAACCAGCUACGUCGAUUUCAGCACAUGGCGGAUAUGGACCAGCCAGUCUGCGACCACCUCCAAAGACAGGCUCUUCUUAUGAUGCUCCACCACUGCCGCCGAAAGCACUGUCACGGAACCCUUCGAUAGAUGGACAGCAGCAGCCAUACCAACAAGCCAGCAAUGGGACAUACACAGCCGCUGGCCCACGAACUACCGCGUCCUAUCCCUCGCAUCCUGUGCCGGCUCCAGGUGGUUAUCGGCCUGCACCUUCGACGACUCCCCACUCAGGACCACAACACUACUCUGGCGGACCAGUCCAACAACAGUACCAGGCUCAAAACCCUUCGGCGCAGCAUCCUCUGCCGACGCAACCGUCUUAUAGCCAACACCAGUAUCGUCCGGCUGUGAACCAAUCCCAGUACGGUCAGCCGGAGCCGAGCCACGCAUUCAGCCAACCGCCGUAUGGCCAGCAGCCGUCCGUCGCACAACCACAGUACGCUCAACAUCAACAGCCACCGCCUGCAUCUGGCCAACCGCAGUAUGGCCAACAUCCACAGCAACCUUCUCCGGCCCCUAAUCAGCAGCCACCUGGUGUUCCUGGGAGUCAGCAAUACGGUCAACCGACUGGUUAUGGCCAGCCUAUGUAUCACCAGCCCCAGACCCAGCCGCAACAAUACGGUGCUCCACCUCAGCAGCAAAAUCCACACGGGCAACAGUCAUUUGCACCUUAUCAACAACCGUAUUCGCAGCCGCAGCAGCCUGUGACGUACGCAUCGCCACAGCAACAGGGAUAUAACACAUCUGCUCCAACUGCUCAGUAUGUCCAGCAGCAGCCUCCGCAAGGGGUUGCGAAUCCCCCUCAACCACGUCCUCCCGGAUACGGCGUACCUAUGCAACCUGCACCUGCACCGGGGUCUCUACUCGAUUGAACAGCCGAUAUGCCUUUUGAUGGGUUACCAAAUCAGAGGCUAGCUUGAUUGCCUGCGAGUUUUCCCUUCUCUCGUUCGAGAAUUAUGUUUGCCUAAAUGCAUGGUAUUGGUUUUAUGAUUUUAAUACCUGUAGCGGUUUGGAGCCUUCUUGGGCUUUAGUUGCUAAGGUGAAAGUAAUGAAUGCAACAGGUUUUGAAAUGAAAUGGAGCAUGUUUAAGGUAUCUCUCCAAUUAAAUCUUUUUUGAUAAUAAUACAUGCAGUACCAGAAUCCCUUCAUCUCUGGUAGCCCCAGUUAAAUACAAGGUUAAACUUUGCCCUUUGCCC